UGAGCCAGCAGCAGAGGUGGGGAGCGGCGGCAGCACCCACCCAGCCCUGCGCAUCCACCCGCCCUGGCACCCAGCGCCGUUAUCGGGGCUGCGGGAGGGCGCUGGCGGCAGGAGAUAGGCUCAGCUGCGGCUCCCGCUCCCGGAUGCCGCAGCGGUGCCUGGGCCGGGGCCAGGGCGACCUACGGUGGAAUUUGGUGGCCAAACGAGUACAGGAAGCCAAGGGCGGCCCCCCCGCCGCUCCCCAUGGCUGGAGGUACGCGGCGUCCCCGGCGCUAGAGGCAGCACCCGAGCACCCAGAGGGAUGUGGAGCCACAGAGGCAGCGGACCCUGUGACUGACACAACCCCUCCAGCCCACAGCUGAAUGGAAAGACAGCAGAAGCAACCACUGACCUCCCCUGGGAGUGUCUGCUCCUCCCGUGGGUCCAGCGUCCCCGGAUCACCCUCCAGCAUCGUGGCCAAAAUGGACAACGAGGUUCUGGGCUACAAGGACCUGGCUGCCAUCCCUAAGGAUAAAGCGAUCCUGGACAUUGAGCGCCCCGACCUGAUGAUCUAUGAACCCCAUUUCACCUAUUCGCUCAUGGAGCACGUGGAGCUGCCCCGGAGCCGAGAGCGCUCCCUGUCUCCCAAAUCCAUCUCUCCUCCUCCGUCUCCGGAGGUCAUCCGGGAAUGGCUGGAGAGCCGGACCCCCAGCAGCACCCCACAGCCCCCCUCGCGCCAGGGCGGCAGCUCGGCCCGCAGCAGCGUGCAGCACUUCCACAGACCCGAGACCGACACAACAGAGCUCAACAUAUACAAGAAGCCUCCGAUCUACAGGCAGAAAGAGCACCACUCCAGCGCCCACCAUGGGAAGCAUCUCAUAGAGGAUCUGAUCAUUGAAUCCUCCAAGUUCCCUGCGGCGCAGCCCCCGGAUCCCAACCAGCCUGCCAAGAUCGAGACCGACUACUGGCCAUGCCCCCCAUCCCUGGCUGUAGUGGAGACAGAGUGGAGGAGGAGGAUGGCCUCCAAGAGAGGGGAGGAGGAAGAGGAGGACCUGACAGAGGAGAUGAAGAACCUGCGGGAGCUCCAGAGGCAGGAGCUGAGCAAGAUCACCUCCAACCUCGGGAAGCUGAUCCUGAAGGAGGAGAUGGAGAAAUCGCUUCCCAUCCGGAGGAAAACCCGCUCGCUGCCGGACCGGACGCCUUUCCACACAUCUCUGCACACGGGGGGCUGCAAGAGCUCCUCGCUGCCCGCCUCUGGCAGGAGCACCCUCACCCGGCUGCAGUCAGCGGAGUUCAGCUCAGCAGGCAGCGAGAAGAGCAGCCCUGGCCUGCAGAAUGGCCAGCGUGGACGCAUGGAUAGAGGCAAUUCCCUGCCCAGCAUGCUGGAGCAAAAGAUCUACCCCUAUGAGAUGCUGAUGGUGACAAACAGAGGCCGAGUGAAGCUGCCCCCCGGCGUGGACAGGACCAGGCUGGAGCGUCACCUCUCCCCUGAGGAUUUCCUGCGGGUCUUCGAGAUGCCCCCCGAGGAGUUCAGCAAACUGGCCCUGUGGAAGCGCAACGAGCUCAAGAAGAAAGCCUUCCUCUUCUGAGCCCUGCCUCCUCUUCUGAGCCCUCCUUCCCCUCCGGAGCCCGCCUGGCCCCGCGCUCAGCCCGUGUCGUGCCCUGUGACCGCUUUAGGGCUCUCAGCCGGUUUUUAUUAGGACCCCCCCCACACUUCCCGUCUCCACCAACCCCUUCCCCACACCCACACCCCCCCGCGGGAUAGCGGGAUAAGGGCUCGGGGGGCUCCCUGCGGGGCGAUGGGGCUGGGGGCUGUCCUGGAGCAGGCACGGUUCAGCCCGGUGGGGAGGUCUGGGGGGCUCUCUGUGCUUUGUGCCCCCCAUUUCUGCCCCCGGGCACGCUGGCAGGGCAGUGCCUGGCUCUGGUUUUGCCCAGGAUGUGUCAGCUCCAUUGGGCUCCCCCCCCCCCAGUGCCUCCAGCCCCUUUGCCCCCCACACUUUCACCCCAAGACUUGGGAAGAGCCUGGGGGGGGCGACUCACUGCCAGACCCAUGUGCUCCCGGCAAUGCCAGGCUGGCAUCCCACCCUGCCCCGCUCCAGACCCUCUUUACCAUCACUCCUCCUGUGCCGGGACACACGCGCUGCCAGACCCUGCCCAGCACCGCACCGGUGGGUGCUGGUGAUGUGGAGCACGGUGGGAUGGGGCAGGGGGUGGCAGAGCCGGGGUCCUGGUACGGAACCUCCUGCUGCAUCUACACCUGCAGGAGACGCACUGGGGAUGCAGCAGGACAAGGGGGUGAUGCAGCCCUGCCUGGUCCCCCAUGGCACCGGGCAGCACCGUCCCUUCUCACACCUCUCCCAUCCCCUUUGGGCACACGUUUUGGGCAGGACCCCUCUGCCCCCUGCACCCUCUAUCCCCCCACGCUCCCUGUUUUCUGUUUCCAGCCACUUUUCCAGCCGCUAGACCUUGUUGGGAUGUAAAGAAUGUAAUUUAUCGGGGAACCACUCGCCCAUACUUGCCUUUCACUGCUACAAACGACAUAUCUAUAAAUAUAUAUAUAAAUAUGGGUUGUUUUCUGACUGACUUACAGUGAUUCACUUUCUGUUCUGUUAGAAUUUGAUUUCGCUGGUGUCGGAGAAUCCGCGUGAGUUUUUGCUGACAAUUAAAGGUGAAAUGGCUUUA